UGACGUAAAAGUUCUGAAUAUCUAUGCCGAGUACAACCCGAGUGAAAUCAGUGAUGAAGAGACCGCAUUUUAGUACGGGCAAGCUUAUUUUUCACAGUUUUUAUUAUCGUCAGUCGCGUUGACAUUAUUAAUAUUGACUUUUCGGUGAAGAUACUUUUUUUUUCGUUGGUUGUGUGGGCUAAGAUGUGCGUAAACCAAAACAGUAUGGUGCCGGCCGUUGUUAACUUAGUUGCUAGUAAAGGAAGGGAUACCUACACAGGAUUUAUCAACGAAUUCACUUGUUUCAAAUGCAGGACAUUUUCGACAAGCGACAAAGACAUUGAGGUGGCUGAUCUAUGGAAACGACAUGGAAAGACAGUCAGAUCCCCUUCACCGCACAAUGCGUUCAAAAGAUGGCGGAUCAAGUCCAACUUGAAAGCUGCAGAAUCGAAAAAUGGCAUCAAUGGAUCCAUGUUGGCUAUCAACUCUAAAGACAGAACGGAAGAGGAUAUGUCGUUGCUUAAAUUUUUGGCAAUUAAUGCCCUAGAUCUCAGUGCUCCUGCCAGUGACGUUCUUUUGAAAAGUCGAAGUAGCAACUGGUUCCAACUGAGUGGUCAUCCUGAUAGUUUAGCACCAGCUGGUCCUGGUACGGUUUGGAAGAAGAGAUCACCCAGUUCCGAUAACACUGAACGUUUGGUAUAUGAGGAAAUUUCCCAAGAUCCGAACCUUUGCGACAUCAUACCAAAAUAUUACCGUGAGGUGGAGUACCAAGGAGAGAAAUUCAUUGAGCUACAAGACUUGCUACAUGGCUUUCAGGACCCGUAUGUCAUUGACAUCAAAAUGGGAACCCGAACCUUCCUGGAAUCCGAAGUCAGAAAAUCAGCAGCUCGACCUGACUUGUACCAGAAGAUGGUAGCAAUCGAUCCCCAUUCACCGACAGAGGAGGAACAUCGUGUCAAGGCAGUCACAAAACUGCGUUACAUGCAAUUCCGCGAACUUCAGUCGUCCAGCUGCAGCCAAGGUUUCAGAAUCGAAGCCAUGAAGUGCCGAGGUUCGCCUCCCGUAACAGACUUGAAAAAAGUGAAGUCCAGCGCAGAAGUUUUCAACACUCUGGACAGGUUCUUAGGAGGGAGAGAGGACGUGAGACAAAGACUGUUGGCAAGACUGUGCGAGAUCCGUAGCAAAAUUGAGAAUUCGGACUACUUCAAGAGCAGAGAAGUAGUUGGGAGCAGUUUGUUCAUUAUUUAUGAUGACACCAAGGUUGGAGUUUGGUUGAUAGAUUUUGCAAAAACCAACAAAUUACCUGAAGGAAAGACUGUUAACCACAGGAGACCUUGGGUGCAGGGAAAUCACGAGGAGGGGCUGCUCUUUGGUUUUUAG